GGAUGCAGGAAAGGAACACACACACCUAUAUUAGUUUAGUUUAGUUUUUUAAACCGGAUUUUCUUGGUUAUUCUCGCCGUUUGAUGAUAUAAAAUGCUGAGUUUGUUCCAUGCAGUGUAGAUAAAAGUUCAGGAGGAAGGCAAACCACAGGCUUGUCGACUAUAAGUCCAAGAAAGAAAGAAAUGGGAAGAGACACCUGCUCCUGCUGUGCGCACUGAGUCUCAGAGAGGGAGACUAACAUUAUAUCAGCACCGUCCUCAAGACCUGUCUGUCUGUCUGUCUCUGCCCGCGGGUUCAGCACUACCAGCUGAGGACUUGUGAGGACUUGUGGGACAGGGAAUACUAGUGACGGGACAUGCUUUACACGGAUUAUACACUUUAAUGGAAACAUUACCCCUUUUCAACACGGAAGGAUAAAUAAACAAACCUCACUGCGCUCAUGCUGUAACAGAAACAUGUCCGUGAACGAGCUUUACACCAGGUACACUCGGGUUUGGAUCCCUGACCCAGAGGAGGUGUGGAAGCCUGCCGAGAUUAUUAAAGACUAUAAAGAGGGCGAGCCGGUCCUGCACCUCAAACUUGAAGAUGAAUCGACGUUGCCAUAUCCAAUCGGUCCUAAAGACAACCCGCUGCCGUUCCUUCGAAACCCUGACAUUCUGGUGGGAGAGAAUGACCUCACGGCCCUCAGCUACCUGCAUGAACCUGCAGUGCUGCACAACCUCAAGGUUCGCUUCCUGGAGUCCAACCACAUCUACACCUACUGUGGUAUCGUUCUGGUGGCCAUUAAUCCGUAUGAGCAGCUGCCGAUUUAUGGCGAGGAGGUCAUCAAAGCCUACAGCGGGCAAAACAUGGGCGACAUGGACCCUCAUAUAUUCGCCGUAGCAGAGGAGGCUUAUAAACAGAUGGCCAGAGAUGAGAAGAACCAGUCGAUCAUUGUGAGCGGAGAAUCAGGAGCUGGGAAGACGGUCUCUGCCAAAUACGGCAUGCGCUACUUUGCCACCGUGGGAGGAUCUGCUAACGACACGAACGUGGAGGAGAAAGUCCUGGCGUCCAGCCCCAUCAUGGAGGCUAUCGGAAAUGCAAAGACGACACGUAACGACAACAGCAGCCGCUUCGGGAAAUACAUUCAAAUCGGCUUUGACAGGAGGUAUCACAUCAUCGGUGCCAACAUGCGCACGUAUUUGCUGGAGAAGUCCAGAGUGGUGUUUCAGGCUGAGGACGAGAGGAACUACCACAUCUUCUACCAACUGUGUGCCUCUGCUUCACUCCCCGAGUUUAAAGACCUGUCUCUGACCAGUGCAGAAGACUUCACUUACACCGCUCUGGGUCAGAACAUCUUCAUUCCAGGGGUUAAUGAUGCUGUGGACUUGCAGAAGACCCGGGAAGCUCUGACCAUGCUGGGUGUGAAGGAGAUUCAUCAGAUGAGCAUCUUCAAGAUAAUUGCCUCCAUCUUGCACCUUGGGAAUGUGGACAUUGUUUCUGAGAGAGAUGGAGAGUCGUGCCAUAUCGCUAGAAACGACCCUCACCUUUGUCAUUUCUGCGAGCUGCUGGGAGUCGAGCAGGACCAGAUGGAAAACUGGCUGUGUCGUAGAAAGUUAGCCACAGCAACCGAGACCUACGUGAAGAGCAUGUCCCGCGCCCAGGCUGCUAACGCUCGUGACGCUCUGGCCAAACACAUAUACGCCCAUCUCUUCGACUGGAUCGUGGAGCACGUCAACAAAGCCCUGCACACCACCUCCAAACAGCACUCCUUCAUCGGCGUGCUGGAUAUCUAUGGAUUUGAAACGUUUGAGAUUAACAGCUUCGAGCAAUUCUGCAUCAACUACGCCAACGAGAAACUUCAGCAGCAGUUCAACUCGCAUGUCUUUAAACUGGAGCAAGAGGAGUACAUGAAGGAGCAAAUCCCAUGGACACUCAUCGACUUUUACGACAACCAGCCUUGCAUCGACUUAAUCGAAGCCAAGCUCGGCAUCCUGGACCUGCUGGAUGAAGAGUGCAAGGUACCUAAAGGAACGGAUCAGAACUGGGCGCAGAAGCUGUACAGCCGCCACACAGGCAGCGAGCACUUCGAGAAGCCGAGGAUGUCCAACGUGUCGUUCAUUGUGGUCCACUUUGCGGAUAAGGUUGAGUAUCAGUGUGAUGGCUUUCUGGAAAAGAACAGGGACACUGUUUAUGAAGAACAGAUCAACAUCCUGAAGGCCAGCAAGUUCCAGCUGGUGGCAGAUCUCUUCCAGGAUGGCAAAGGAGCUCCUAGUUCAACAGGCAAAGCAUCCAAGAUUAAUGUACGUCCUGCUAAGCCCAUGCCAAAAAGCCACAACCGGGAGCACCGCAGAUCUGUAGGCACCCAGUUUCGUAGUUCCUUACAUCUUCUGAUGGAGACUCUGAAUGCUACAACUCCGCACUAUGUACGCUGCAUAAAACCCAACGACCUCAAAGAAGCCUUUGCGUUUGAUUCCAGCAGAGCCGUCCAGCAGUUGCGAGCAUGCGGCGUUCUGGAGACCAUUCGCAUCAGCGCUGCAGGAUAUCCAUCCAGGUGGACGUACCCAGAUUUCUUUAACAGAUAUCGGGUGCUGAUGAAGAAGAAAGACGUGACCGCUGAUAAGAAGCAGGUGUGCAGAAACCUACUGGAGACUUUGAUCAAGGAUCCAGAUAAAUUCCAGUUUGGAAAGACUAAGAUCUUCUUCCGAGCCGGUCAGGUGGCGUACCUCGAGAAGCUCCGAGCCGACAAGUUCCGCUUCGCCUGCAUUAAGAUGCAGAAGACCGUGCGAGGAUGGCUGCAGAGGAGACGCUACCAGAAGAUACGCAAGUCAGCUGUAACGCUGCAGAGAUACGGCCGUGGCUUCCUGGCCCGCAGGUAUGCAGAAAUGUUGCGUCUCACCCGAGCAGCUCUUAUCUGUCAGAAGCAGUACCGGAUGGUGAGGAUCCGGCGCGCGUAUCUGACCAUUCGCAAGGCUACGAUCACCAUCCAGGCCUUCACCCGGGGCAUGUUCACACGCCGCCUGUACCAAGAGUACCUGCUGCACCACAAGGCCAACAUCAUCCAGAGAACCGUGCGUGGAUGGCUGCAGAGGAGGAAGUUCUGCCGUGCCCGGAACGCAGCAGUGGUGCUGCAGUGUGCUUACAGGCGUGUACUCGCUCGGCGACAGUUGAAACAGCUGAAGAUCGAGGCUCGCUCAGCAGAGCAUUUCAAGAACCUCAAUGUUGGCAUGGAGAAUAAGAUCGUCCAGCUUCGGAGAAAGAUGGAUGAUCAGAAACUGGAGUAUAAGGUGCAGAGUGAGAAGCUGUCCGUAGCCAACACUGCGUUGGUCACGGAGGUCGGCAAACUGCAGAAGGAGCUGGAGACGGCGCGCAGCCAAAAACGCGAGCCCACACAGCUGAGCUCACUGCAGGACGAGUUGGAGAAACUGAGGGCGGAGCUACAGGCCGCACACGCCCAGAGGGAGAAGCUUGAGGAGGAGCACAGCACUGAGAAGCUGGGACUGGAACAGAGAGUCCAGGAGCUGGAGAGAGAAAACUGUCUACUCAAGGAGGAGAAAGAAGAGAUGAACCAGAAGAUCCUUCGCCAGUCGCAGAGCUCCGGAGGCAAGGACGGCAGUUUGUCUCCGAAAGAGGCUAGUCUACAGGCCGAGCUGGACGAUGAGAGACUGCGCUAUCAGAAUCUGCUGAAGGAGUUUUCCAGACUGGAGCAGAGAUAUGACAACCUGCAGGAGGAGGUCACUUACUCCAAAUUUGUUCCUGGCCACCGGAGGAACCCAUCCAACCAAAGCAGCUUGGGCUCUGACUCCACCUUCCCCUCCAUCUCUAUGUCUGAGGUGGGAGAUACUGAGGACACCAUUCAGCAGGUGGAGGACAUGGGACUGGAGAAGGCAGCCAACGACAUCAGCGUAUUCAUGAAGCUGCAGAAGAGAGUGCGAGAGCUGGAGCAGGAGAGGAAGAGACUCCAGACCAACCUGGAGAAGAUGGAGGAGCUCAGCAAGCACAAAGUGAUUGACGUGAAGAGUUCGACGUCAGAGGCAGAUACAAAUGCAGAUCUGGCAUACAACAGUCUCAAGAGGCAGGAGCUGGAGUCUGAGAACAAGAAGCUGAAGAACGACUUGAAUGAACUCAGGAAGGCGCUGGCUGAUCGAGCCUCCGAGGACUGCUCGUCCAAUGAACUGCAAGACAGCUACAAUGUUCUGCUCAGUCAACUCAAAGCAGCCAAUGAGGAGCUGGACAUACGCAAAGAGGAGGUCCUUAUCCUAAAAACACAGAUCGUCAGCACUUCCAAGCCGUCAGAAACCACCAAUCACAUUAACUCCAACGACAUCUCUGAAUGGGACGACAACAAAAAGCCUGUGGACAAGGAGGAGGUUUUACAAGCCUACCAGGGUCUCAGUGAAUCCAAGAGGCUACUGGAGUCACAGCUCCAGUCCCAGAACCGGAAGCACCAGGAUGAGCUGGAGGCUCUGCACACUCAAAUCGAGGUGAUGAAGGAGGAUCUGGAGAAGAAACAAGAGAUGCUGAAUCACUUCAGCUCACUGCCCCCCGAUGCCCUGGUAGAGUUCAGCGUCCAGCAGGAGAUCACACGCCUCACCAACGAGAACCUGGACCUUAAGGAGGUCAUGGAAAAGCUGGAGAAAAAUGAGAGGAAACUUAAAAAGCAGCUCAAGAUCUACAUCAAGAAAGUUCAGGAACUUGAAGCAUCUCAGGCAGCAGCCAAUCGGCCCAGACUGGUCAGACAGGUCACACUUCAGAGGAAGGAGAAGGACUUUGAGGGCAUGCUGGAGUACUACAAAGAAGACGAGGCCCUGCUGAUCAGGAUGCUUAUCAGCGACAUGAAGCCCCAGACCGUUUCUGCUACAGUACCUUGUCUCCCAGCGUACAUCCUCUUCAUGUGCAUCCGUCACGCAGACUACAUCAACAAUGACCAGAAAGUGCACUCUCUGCUCACCUCCACCAUUAAUGCCAUCAAGAAACUUCUCAAGAAAAACAGUGAAGACUUUGAGAUGACGUCUUUCUGGCUGGCUAACACGAGUCGACUUCUGCACUGCCUGAAACAAUACAGCGGCGAGGAGGCAUUCAUGACCCAGAACACACCUAAACAGAAUGAGCACUGCCUGAAGAACUUUGACUUGGCUGAGUACCGGCAGGUUCUGAGUGACCUGAGCAUCCAGAUCUACCAGCAGCUCAUUAGAAUAGCUGAGGGCAUGCUACAGCCCAUGAUCGUGUCGGCCAUGUUAGAGAGCGGCAGUUUGACUGGAGUGAAGCCCCUGGGCUACAGGAACCGCUCCACCAGUAUGGACUGUGACAGAGAAGGUCCAUUAAGCUACACGCUGGAGGCUCUGAUCAAGCAACUCAGUCAGUUCUACACACUCAUGAGCGACCAUGGCCUGGACCCUGAGAUCAGCCAGCAGGUUGUGCGUCAGCUCUUCUACUGCAUCAACGCCGUCUCACUCAACAAUCUGCUGCUGCGCAAAGACAUGUGCUCCUGGAGCACCGGCAUGCAGCUCAGGUACAACAUCAGUCAGAUGGAGGAGUGGUUGAGGGGACGAAAUCUUCACCAGAGGGAAGUUAUGUUAACCAUCGAGCCUCUCAUCCAAGCUGCUCAGCUGCUACAGGUGAAGAAGAAGACAUCUCAGGACGCAGAGGCCAUCUGCUCCAUGUGUAACAUUCUAAGCACACAGCAGAUUGUGAAGAUCCUGAAUCUGUACACUCCGCUGAAUGAGUUUGAGGAAAGAGUCACUGUGUCCUUCAUCAGAGACAUACAGAAUCUUCUACAAGGCCGUAUAGAGAACAACCAGCUCCUGGUGGACACCAAGCACACAUUCCCCGUGCUCUUCCCUUACACGCCGUCAGCUUUGAGCCUGGAGACCCUGCACAUCCCUGCCUCUCUCAACCUGGACUUCCUCGUCAGAGUCUGACGUCUUUCCGUUUCCUCCGUUUGUCCCUCUCUGAGCUCCACCGAGUCUGCCUGAGAGCAGAGAGGAGAGCAAACCCCAUGCAUCACAGCCUCAGCAACCAGCAAAUACACACCCUGACCGACCACCACCAUGACAAAGCUAGCAAGAGUCUUUCUGAUAGAAGAAUUACAGUGUUGAGGCGCUUUCCGUGUGUGUGUGUUCAGAGAAGGUAUAGAAAUCCCACUACCUUCCUGUGAGCCAGCUUAUUUUCCUCAGGUUACUGUUUGGGGUCAGACAGGCAGGUAUUCUGAUUAUAAUGCGUCUAAGAGCUGAACUCUGGAGAUCAUGUGAUUAUGAAGUAAGCUUCGGUGCAGAUUUGUUUCUUUACAGUUCAAAAGUUUGGUCUCGUUUUCCGCCCUUUGACAUCUCAGUCCAGGUGGUUACAAAGUCUUCACUUAUUAUGAGUUUUUCUUGGCGGCCAAAUGAAACUACCGCAUUACACUGUCCAAAUGAAGAUCCUUUUGUAUGUUUGCAGUGAAUUGUUUUCUUUAUGAGAUCCAAGACAGCUUCGACAGUGAGCGAAGCCUGAUAGCAGCAGUUGUAUGGUGGUCCAGAGAAGAGGUCUAGGAGACAGGAUGGGACGUACAAAAUAUUACACGGUCGAUGAGGGGGAAACUAGGAUGUGUUGAAAGGGCUUUGCAAGUGAAAUGCAGGAAUUAAGAGACACUACUAAUAAUAACCUAAACAAGCAGGUCUAGCUAUAACAUAGGCCUUUGCAUGCUGGCUGUCUUUAAUUUAUUUUAAUUUUUCUUAUCCUAUCAGCUGUCCGUUUCGGGAAAGUUGUGCACUUCCUGCACACGCACGCCACUACAUUAUGGGACACUGAGCCUUCAAAUUUCAAACGCUCUCCAUUGGCGCAGAAGUAGACCGCGUCUUUUGGAGAAACAUAUCUGCUGGGGUUAAAGUAUGCAAGUCAUGCGUGUUCUAAGGGGUAAACAAAACACCUUCGUUCCCGUGUAAAAUCUUUCAUGUGUUACCCAGUCCUAUGUUUUGGUUGCCCAAAGUAAAAAAAAAAAGUAGUAACUAAGAUUUAUUAUUUAGUUACAACCUCAAGUUAUGGCACAUCGUUGUGAAGUGCAUUAAGUUUAAAGUCAAUAGGAAAAUCAGGUUUAUUUUCUUCAAACCGCAGAUUUGUCUGCCCCUAAUUUUGGACGAAUUUAUAGUAAUAUCGCAUAUGUCCCUCUCAGAAAAGGUGUUAUCUGUCCGUGAGACAUAAAUAUAUUAGGAAUAUAGUAAAACGAUUCACAUGUUCAUCUGCAGAGCUCAAGAUCUCUGGUAAAAUACAAUAUAGUGAUAAUAUUGUAAACUAGGACAAAACAUUAUUAUAAAAUGAAUAAUGCUGAAAUCCCAUCUGCAUCACUUUUACUGUAUAGUUUGCAAAAUAGCGGAGUUUUUUUUUUUCUUUUUUCCCCUUCAGACAUAUAUAUCUGUGCCAUAACAACAGUGAGGGUGUAAGUUUCUCAAAUCUGUCCAGGUCUUGGUUUAUUCUGUCUGUCUCUCAUCUUUAAACAGCAUGAGCAGGGGCUCAGUAAUGCCAAUUUAUACCUUUUUAAAGGCAAUAAAAAUAAGACCAUUGUGGAUUUCAGUGUUGUUCUCAUAUGUUAUACAGAUGUAAAUAUAUAAUGGAUAUAUUUACAUUGUGAUUUUUUUUUUUCUUUUAAAUUCACAGGUGAUCUUGAAACGAUAUCACAUCAGUCUUUAUUCCUGCAUGGUUAUCACUGUAUACAAUUUUAAUUUGAUGGUUUGGGGAAGGUUCAGUUCACAGCACUGCGAUUUAAUAAUAUCAGUUAAACCUGCAUAAAUAUCUUCACGUAAAAAAAUUUCAUCAAGUGCCACAGGAAUUUUUCUGUUUGUCUGUCAUCAGGUAUGUUUUAGCCAUGUCUAGCUGCUAGGUGGCAGCAGCACUUUCAUACCGGACGUCUCGGAGUCAAUCUCCUGCUGAGGAUGUGUAUCACUAUGAUCUGUAGGUUUGUACCAUGUAUGACUAACACUGUCCACAGAUAAACCUUCCAUCUGAUUGUGCAUCUCAUGACAUACUCUGAGAAAACUGUGUAUAUAUUUUAAGGAAUAUAUUUUCUCGGGUGUUUUUUUUUUUUUUUUUCCUCUUGUCCCCCCCCCCCCCCCCCCCCCCCCCAGACCUCUGGCCACUUGUCAUGAAAUGUACUAAUGUAAUAGUGAUGCGUGCAGUCUGAACAAAUGCUGUAUGAAUCUGUUCAUACUAAAGUCUCCUGAAAGAUAGAAA